UGUUACUGAUUGCUGGGAAUUUGGAUAAUUCCCCCCUUCGCCUCUCCCUUCCCGGUUUCUAUUUGUGUGUGUGGAUCGUGGGUUCCAUUCAGCAGAUCCAUCAUCGUUACAUUGGAUACCCACGAGGAAAUACCAGAGGUUCCUCCAUUUUCCAUUGGAUCUCAGCCAGCUGAAGUUUCCAAGCAGUGAAAGUAUUGCAGGCUGAAGAUCUUCACUUUCAUCUAUUCCAAUCCAACACUAGGAAAGAGUAAAAUGUGCUUUAGAUUUUGAGAGAUCAUAUGUCUUAUCUUGUGUAACUAGAAAUGAAAGGAGCAAACAAUUUUAGAUUGAGGGGGAGGCAUCUUUCUAUUGCUCUGCUCGCUCUUACUUUUACAACCAUAUUUCUUUGGGCUUGGGAGAAGAAUCCUUUUGUUACUACUCUGCAGUCAGCACAAGAGCAGUUUAGCUUUCAUUCUUCUGAAUUCCUUGUUGAUUCCCCAGAAGAUUCCUCCAGUCCAUUGUCUUUGAACCAGACAGAACAUGUUGAAGAAGCAUAUUCUCAUUCUAUAAGUUCAGAGGACCUUGAAAAGCAAAACAAAGACUCUGGUGCUUCAGCUUUGAAUUCUACUGCCUCGUUUACCUCUGAAAAGGAAGAUAAUGAUGGGGAUAACAUGUCCUCUUCCAAGUUGAAAGCCUGCAAUUAUGCCAAGGGUAGAUGGGUGGCAGACAGCAGGCGGCCCUUGUACUCUGGGUUUGGAUGUAAACAAUGGUUAUCAGGAAUGUGGGCAUGUAGACUCACCCAACGAACUGAUUUUUCCUACGAGGGAUACCGGUGGCAGCCUGAAAAUUGCAAAAUUACAGAGUUUGAGUCAUCUCAAUUCUUGAAAAGGAUGCAGGAUAAAACAAUUGCAUUUAUAGGAGAUUCAUUGGGCAGGCAACAAUUUCAAUCAAUGAUGUGCAUGGCCACUGAUGGGGAAUGGAGGUUAGAUGUUGAAGAUGUGGGAGCUGAAUACGGUCUUGUCAAGCCUCGUGGAGCUAUCCGUCCUGAUGGAUGGGCUUACCGAUUCUCAAACACUAAUACUACCAUUUUAUAUUACUGGUCAGCAAGCCUUGCAGAUCUUGAGCCUUUGAACAUCACAGACCCGUCCACCAAUGUGGCCAUGCAUUUAGACCGUGCACCAGCUUUUAUGAGCCGAUUCCUCCAUAGGUUUGAUGUGCUAGUUCUCAACACAGGACAUCACUGGAACAGAGGGAAGCUUAGAGCAAAUCGUUGGGUGAUGUAUGUGAAUGGAAAGCCUGUUGAAGAUAGAAGACUUGCAGAAAUUGGGAACGCUAAAAAUUUUACAGUAAAUAGUGUUGUGAGGUGGCUUGAUUCACAACUUCCUUCUCAUCCCCGACUUGUAGCUUUCUUUAGGACUAUCUCACCAAGGCAUUUCCGUAAUGGGGACUGGAACAGUGGGGGUCACUGUGAUGUUACUACUCCAUUAACUCAAGGAAGCGAAGUGACACAGGAUGAAUCAAGUGAUCCAGUUGUUGCAGGUGCUGUUAAGGGGACAAGAGUAAAGCUUUUAGAUAUUACUGCAGUGUCUGAGCUCAGAGAUGAGGGUCAUAUUUCACGAUACAGUGUUAAGGCAACGCCGGGCGUGAAUGAUUGCUUACAUUGGUGUUUACCUGGCAUUCCAGACACAUGGAAUGAACUUCUUGCUGCUCAGAUAUAGAAUAUGCCACACCAAUUUCUAGGCAUCUGUGAAAUAUAGAGACCAAAAUGGAACUCCUGUUAUUGAAGACUUCUGUUAGAUGAGCUUUUUUUUUUUUUUGACUGAAUGAUCUUAUUGAUUGGAGAAUCCCUUUAAUCAUGUACUAGUUAUGAUUCAUGGGGUUGCCAGAAAAGCUGGACAAGCCCAAGGAAAUACUUCCUAUAACAUGCUGAAAUUCAAUAGCUUGUAAGGAUGUUCAUGGUUGUACGUAAAUCAACUUAGCUAUUUAAGUACAUAAUACGAUUUGUGUUUUCAA